UUCAUUAACCUAACGUACCCGGCAUUCUAGGGCGAGAGACAGAUAUAUAAGGGAGCAGGGUGGCAGUUGGUCUUCAGUCGUUGUGGUGCAAAGGUAACGGCGCCAUGACCUCACCGAGUUCCUUGUUGGUUAUCGGCCUCUUGGCCACAGCCAGUGCCGCCCCCUGGUCAGCGGACGUCCCGAGCUGCGCCCACGAAUGCCCCAUCGCCGGAUCCCAGAAACUUCACUACGCCCCUGGCAACACCUACUCCUAUUCUUACACCGGGAGAUCGGAAAUUCACUUGAAGGAUGUCGAAGGCGGAGUCUCCCAGAUGGAAUGGACCUCGCAAGUGGACGUGACGUGGGUGAACCCGUGCGACAUGGCCAUCACCUUCAAGAACCCGUCCUUUGGGGGAGCCAGUGGAACCCCUGAGGCUAGCUUCUUGACUCGAUACCCAAUGGUGGUGGCCAUCUUGGAUGGGCGCGUUAGUCACGUAUGCAGUCAUCCUGAUGACGAUACCUGGUCAAUUAAUCUGAAGAAGGGCGUCGCAUCAGCUUUCCAGAACUCGUUGCCAUCAAACUCUUCAGUUAACACAGGACUGAACUUCACUGAGACCGAUGUUACAGGGCAGGGACCAACAUUAUAUAAAGUGCGAAAUGAGGGAGGAAAGGUUAUUAUUGAGAAAACCAGGAACCAUCGAUUCUUACAAGAACGAUUCCCAACCCAGUCUGAAACACCGAUGUCUUGGAUUAAAGCUCCUCUCCCAGUGCAAGACUCAAAAAGCAAAUGUAGGCAGGAAUUAACAGGAGGUAUUUACACUUCAAUUGUAUGUGAAGAUAGGAAUGUCAUCAAACCAGCCAUUGGAUCCUACAAGUACAUUGAAGCUAAACAGGAAUCCAAACUCCAGUUUCAGUCAGAAUCCCCUAAUGACCCCACAGCUCUUUCAACCCUCAAAGGCCAUUUGGUUCACAGAAGUUUACUGUUCGACCAUGAAACACUUAAGAAAGAUCCCAGAUUGGUCCCACAACUAGAACAGGCUCUAAAGCAGGUAUGUGAAAAAACAAAGCUUGCUGUUGAAAAGGAUGCUGCACUCUGGGUAGACAAGGCUAUCCAUCUAUUGAGACACGUUCCUGAGCAGGCAAUCGAAGAAAUGCUGCAAAAGGUCAAAGGUGGAGAAAUUUGCAGUGAAAAGCAGAAGAUGGAAAGUCUCUUCUUAGACAUCCUAGCUUAUGUCCAAGAGCCCAGUACUGUGAAAUUUAUGGUAAGGGAGAUGACCAGUGGUCAGACUACAGGAGGUAGAGCUGCUCUUUACACUGCAGCCCUGUAUUUUACUCCCAGGCCUUCACUUCAUGCUGUUGAGGCUGUGAAACCUUUGCUUGAACAUUGUGAGCGAUUCCCCAUGGCCUGUCUUGCAGGAGCUACCAUGAUACAUACAUAUUGCAGGCAUCAUUCUCAUUGUCAGCUAGAGUCUCCAGUACGACAGGCUGCUGAAACUCUGAGUCGCAAAGUCCAGGAACACUGCUCUUCUCGUGGGAGUGAGGAAACUGAAAAGGCUUGCCUAAUUUCACUGAAGUCUCUUGGUAAUAUGGGUGUAGUGAACUCAGAAGUAGCAAGAAAUGUCAUCAGUAUUAUUGAGAAACGAGAGCUUGAAGAUGUCAUUAGGGUUACUGCAGCUCAGGCAUUCAGGAAUGCCAAAUGUGAACACGAGCCCACAAAACAACUUGUGAGGAUUGCUCUUGAUCCGAAGAAGAAGACAGAAAUUCGUAUUGCUUCUUACUUGGCUGCAAUUCGGUGUGCAGGAAAUGAAGACUUGGCGAAGAUCUCGGAAAAGAUCUCGAGAGAAGAAAAUACCCAAGUACGUGGAUUCAUCCUUAGCCACCUAUGGAAUCUUCAGGAAUCCUCAGCCCCUCACAAGGAAAGGCUGAGGUACAUACUAUCAAGCAUCUCUGUGCCAUCCAAUUUCUCACUCGACAUCAGAAAAUACUCCAGGAACAUUGACCUUUCCUAUUAUGCUCCAUCCUUUGGUGUUGGGGCCGGUGUAGAAUCUAAUAUCAUUUACGCUACCAGGUCAUUCAUUCCCCGAUCAUUCAAAGUUAACGUAACAUCUGCUCUUGGAGCAACUCCAGUCAACCUCGGAGAGUUUGGUGUUCGAGUAGAGGGUCUUGAACCUAUCAUAGAAAAACUAUUUGGACCAGAAGGAUAUUUCCAAAAAUCUUCCUUACGCCAGAUCUUCAGGGAUGCUACUGAAUAUGCUGAAGAGAAAGGAGCUAACAUCCUUGAACACUUGAAGGAAACAUUCAGGGAAAGAAGAUCAGUUGAUUUGUCUACUCUCUCUCACUUCUUCAGCCAAGUUUAUGGUGAGCACUCAAUGAAAAGGCCUCGUGCAGACUUCUUUGCUCGCAUCAGUGGCCAAGAAAUAGCAUAUGGCUCACUGACAAAGAAAAUGUUUGAAGGUGUCAGUGUUGAUGGAUUAAUUGAUAAGGUCUUUAACCUUAUUGAGGAAGCACUUAAUAAAAUGACAGAUGUGAAUGCUAAUUCAGCAAGAGUACUUCAAGUCGACUUUGAUCAUUACCUACCAACAAUUCAUGGUCUUCCUUUACGAUUGAAACUGAAUGGAACAGCCGUUGUUGGCUUAAAGAUGGAAAGUAGACUUAACAACCUUGGAAGCAGUUCUCCAAGCAUACUGAAAGUAAAGCCAAGUCUUUCAGGAAAAGUAAAUGGAUUCAUUGGAUUUGAUUCCUUCAUGGCAAAAUGUGGUGUUCGCUCGGUGAAUCGUAUUGCUAGCAAAAAUGGACUUUCCCUCAAUAUUAAAGGAGGAGAGAGAUUUGAAAUUGAGCUAGAUAUCCCAGAGAAAAUGGACUUUAUUGAUAUUAAAAGUGAAAAUUAUCUAAUGAAAGCUGUUAAAGGACAAGGUGAAACCAGAAUUAGUCCUCCUGGAGUCAGGCUAUCUGAAGUCCACCACCAGAAUUGCUUCCAAUCUUUAGAACAUCAACUUGGUUUGAAGGUAUGCUAUGACCUGAAAUUCCCAGACCUACUCAGAAGCCAUGGGUUACCUCUUGGACAGCUGUUGGUUGCAAAAGUAACUGUGGAAAAGUCUGAACCCUCUAUGAAAGGCUGGAGGUUAACAGGCAAUGUCCAGAACAGGCCAGAAAGGAAGGAAGUGAAAAUGCAGAUGGAAGCUGCUGAAUCAUCCUCACCAAGAAAGGCUGAAGUACACUUUACAUCCUCGGUGGAUCAGGGUCUUCGGAAGAUAGGGGCAUCGGUGUCAUCACAAGCAUCUGGAGGAUACAAAGUAGAGCUCAAGACCAAACACGAAGAAAGUGAAAAGCUACUGGAAGCCAAUGUCUACAGCAGUAGAAGCCAGAGUUUCAGUCCUGAGACACAGGUUUUGGAGGUCAAGUUGGCAAGCAAGUACAAUGGCCAGGAGUCACAAGUGGAAGUGCUGGCAAAGACAAAGAAUUCUUUGAGCUCCUACAUUAACUAUCACUUUGAAGUGCUUGGAGACAUAGGAUACACCACAUCAACAGGAAUUCCUUACCCAAGACGUCUUCACAAAUUCAUCCUUAUGACUCAAGUGAAAGAUUUUAAAUUGGUUUCAGCUUUAGAAAAAAAGAGUGAUUCUGAAUAUGCUACUACUUUGAAGGUUGGAUCAAGGAGUACUGACCACUUUGUUAUUGAAGCAACCCAUAACAUUCAGGAAACCUCUGAAGAAGGCAUUGCCAUGAAGACAGUUGCCAUUGCUAAGUCAGAAAGUGCCCAGUACAAAGCUGUUUUUGAUGUGCACAACACGCGAGAAAAAUUGGGAACUUCACUACAAGUUGUCCGUUCUACAGAAGGAGCAAAACUAAUUGAAGUUGAAGCCAUGCUUUCUAGGUCAGGACAGUCACACAGUUUAAAAUUCCAGAUGGACAUGCCACGUUACACAAGAGCCAUUAAAUUUGAAUGUAAACUGGAAGACCAAGGCAGCCAUCGUUACCAAUUACAAACAGCCCUAAGGCUUGGAAGCCAGGUUGUUUUACAAGCUGAUGGGUCCUUAACUGCAAAAUUCAUUCCUAGCAUGAAACAACUUCAGUUAGCUUUGCGAGUGCAGACUUCUGAAGGAGAACCUCACAUUAUCUCCACAACUUUCAUAUUGGCCAGAAACAAACAAGAACUAGGUUUUGAGCUGAAAGAUCAACAGCAACAAAUCUUUGCGGUCAGGUGGGAUGUAUCUUCGGAGAGCAGCGAAGAAACAAAGGCUCACUUUAAACUGAUGAUUCAAAAUCUCAUUAACAACAAGGUAGAUGCCAUUAUCAGUAAAAGGAAUAUUCAGGUAAGCUUUAGUAAUGUUGUCAAGCAUACAAGCUCUUCACACCAUGUAAGAGGCUUUUCAGAUGUUGACAUCGGAAACCAGAGAGUCAAAACCGAGCUCAGCUGGGAUGUUGACAGAGAUCCUAACCAGAAAUUGAGUAUUGAAGCCAUGAUCAUUGGAAGCCCAUCUUCUCCCCAUCAGACUAUGGUUCAUGGCACAGCAACCUUUGUGGGUAGGACUUACAACUACAAAGCUGAAUUAAGGCGGGGUGAUUCGCAGCCUUGGUUACUAGGAAAGAAGGACAUAGUGGUUGAAGUCACUACUCCCUCUCACAGAACCUAUACUUUUGAUACAAAUUUAGAUGUCGAAAAACGGCCAUCCAGCGCAACAGCAAGGGCUCAAAUACGGUACAAGAACCCAGAGGGCAAAGAAUCCUCAAUAUCUUCUGAUAUUGCUGCUGAACACCUUGGUAGGCCCUAUAACUUUAAAAUGAAUGCCAAGGCUAACUUCAUCUCCCCAGAAGGACAGCAUACAACCAUUUCUCUUGAAUCUAAACAUGAGUCCACUGAAAAUCAACGGGAAGUCUUAGCAAAGGUGGAUGUCAACUGUCCAUCAUUGAGAAAGCCACUGCAAACAUCCCUCACUUUAUCAAAUCAACCAAGUUCAUACACAGCUAAAUGGAUGAUUGACGUUACAUCUCCAUCUGAUGGUGCUCAGUAUGAUCUUAAAGUUUCUCCUGAGGGUGUACAGUCCCUCAAGAUUGGCUUUGACUUGAAAGAAAUUGUUGCCCUUCUCAAGGCUGCUCAUAGACUAGUCAGUGCAGGAUCUGGCCCCUCAGAAACAAUGGGCAGUGCUAAGUAUCUUGUCAUGUACGAGAGGCCAGAAAAAUAUUCUCAUAAGAUUCACAUCCAUUCCCCAUCUAGACACAUGGAGGGAGAAGCAAAGUACUCUCCAUCAGAGUACAGAGUCACCUUCCAUCCUGAAAGACACAGGAGUGACAAGAGGUAUGAGCUGGCUUUCACUUCCUCUGAGAGGUCUGGCUCUGGGGAAAGAGAGAACAGGUAUGAAGGCCGGUUCCAUCAUCCAUCACUAGAUAAAGAAAGGAGAAUAGAGUUUGCAUACACACAGGGUGAAGAGAAGACACAGGGAACAUUGGACCUGGAUAUUUUCCCAAGAUCAGAAGACAAAAUUACUGGCACACUAGAGUCCACUAGGAUUGCACGCAACAGUUGGAGAGUAGAAGCAUUAUUGUCAGGGAAAGUCCUCAAGGUUCAUCCAAAGGUCAUAGUAAGUGCCUCUUAUGCUCACCACACUGUUGGCUUUGAUCUAAUGUUUAAAAAGUCUCCAUCGGAGAGGCCAUCUUUCGUUGUCUCUGGAAAAUAUGACCGAAGCUUUGGAAGAAACGCUGCUGUAGCAUUCACAGUGAGAACUGAGGGAGGCCCAGUGGUAGAGAUGUCUGCAUCUUUGAAACCUAAACAAGAACCUUCAUGCAAUGGUCUGAAAAUAUCUGCUAAGACGUAUAUUUCUGUACUUGGAAAGUAUGACCUUUCUUCUGAACUCUGCAAACCUGGAUUUGCCAAAAUUUCUUUGUGGAAAGAAGGCAGCAACAAGCAUGUUAUUGCUAGGGCUGGGCUUCUAGCUAUAAAGGAUCUCGAGUUUAGCAUCUCAGAAAAAGAUGAAAGACGGCAAAAGGAAAGCCACAUUGCUAUGGCGAAAAUCAGCCUUGUUUCUCCAACUCUCGUCAAUGCAGAGGGGAAAUGGAGAACUGAAAAGGUUUCUGAAUUGUUGGAUGCUUCCCGUGAAAAACUGUCAAGGGUAUCUUCAGGGCUGCGGUCAUGGGUCAACCAUCAGGAGCAAGAAAUUCUUCAGCUUUCUGGAUCAAGCAGCCCUACGUCAGAAACGGCAAGACUAUGGCAUGAAGCUAAAGAGGAAAUUAACCGAAUCCAUUCUGAUUUAACAUAUGAUGGAUUGAUACCUUCUAGGGAGACCCUUGAGAGGUGGUGGAAUUCUCCUUCUCUCCAUAAGAUAAUUGGUGUCUACAAGGCCCUUUGGUCUCAGGUGGAUGAACUUAAGAGGAAAAUAUAUGAAGCUGUGCCUAACACUGUCAGAUCUCUGAAGCAUCGCUUCUCAGGUCUUACUGAAGUUGCAAAUGGAGUUGUUGUUGGAGGUGCUCGCUGGGUGAAAACCGGAGAAAUGCCUGAAGAGAUCAGGCGCCUUACCGAAGACAUCAAGAACUCGGCCCUGCUCAAUGACAUAGUUUUGUUAACUGACAUAGUAUCGAUGUUUGGAGAGGGAAAGGACUCCAUCUUCGAAAUUUGGCAUAAAUAUAAAGAUACCCUAUUAAAGGAUUGGGAAAACAUAAUGAAAGACCUAGGACGCAAUAAGAGAGUUCAAAACACAGCAAACUGGAUCGUCAAUGACUUUAAUGUUGAAAGGUUGGUAACCCAGGAAAUUGAGGGAGUCCUCAAUAAAGUGAUCCAGUCUUCUUUACUUUCUUCAGUCCAAAUUAGAGGAAGCCACGUGGAAAUGCAAAUUCCUCUUCGUCGGCCAGUCAAUUCUCUAACAACCGCCUUGAAGAACAUGUUGGUCAAUCCUAUCCCUGUUCCUGAGAACAUUCUUCGCCUGUAUGAAGCACUGACUCUCCGCUCUACUGAUUACUUGUUGUGGUCUUAUUACACUUUCUUGCCCAGACAUGUCACGGACCUGCUACCUCCUUACAAGCGCACUGCCGUUAUUGUAGAUGGCACAGAGAUUUUGACCUUUGACAGAGCUGUUUUGAGAGCUCCUCGUGCUCCCUGCAAGAUACUCUUGGCAGCCUUUGACUCACUCGCACUUACCAUGGAAAAUCCUCAUUCUUCACAAUCACCCAAGGUCACCCUCAAAGUUCAUGGCACUACAGUCACCAUUCAUCCUGACCAUAAAGUUACUGUCAAUGGAAGAGAAGUUAGCGGUGAGGAGGAACAUGCUGGUGAUGUCAAGAUUGUGAAGCGCCAAGAAAAAAUCAAGGUCAUGUCUCAUUACUUGACGGUCCGAGUUUACCCAAGGAACAAUGUCAUCUCUGUCGAAGCGUCUGGUUGGACCUUUGGCCAAAUCGCUGGUCUUCUCGGUACUUACGACGGAGAGAAGGCCAACGACUGGCUUACCAUUCAGGGCACACGUGCGGCCAACCUCCAGGAACUGGUGAGAUCAUGGCAAGAGGACCAGAGCUGCCAGACUCCACACGUUGCUCCCUUGAGUGAAACACCGGUUCCACCACUGAGGUACCUGCAGUGCAAAGCGCUGCUGAACAUCCGCUCCCGCUGCACACCCCUGGUUCAAACUGAACCCUUCGUAAAGAUGUGCCUGACUGCAAGGAAUGCCUGCGAUGCUGCCAAGGCUUACAACGCCGUUUGCUCUAACAAAGGAGUCAAGGAUGUCUUCCCCCCAGCCUGCUAGGAUUCCAGUCUUCCUUUUUUUUUUAAGUGAACUCUGUUGAUGAAGAAAUCUUUAGAUUUUUGGUUUGUGGAAUAUCGAAGUUAAACGCUGCAUCAUGAAAAUGCAGACAAAAAAAGUAUUUUGAGCAAAAGAACAAAAAAUGUACUAAAAACAAUAUACAAUGAAAAUAAAUAAAAAUAUAAUAGCA